AUAAUCACAACGUUUUUCAACUGGUGGUUCAGUCGAGUACCGGCUUCGUUGAAUUCAACGAGCAGGAAGUGUUCCACUGAAGCACAUGACAGUCAGCUGAUUUAAUCAAAUCGUUUUACCCCACGUGACUUGGACUUUACGGAAAAGAAAUCUGACGAUGGCAGGAUCCGAGUCGUCAAGUAAAAUGCGUACUAAAAUUGCCUUUAUUGCUCUUUUAUUUUCCCUGUUAUCGACUGGAAGUUGCAGCAGUCAGGUACCACUUGUAAUGUGGUCCAGUGAUGGGUACACCUUGCCACCCCUGGCAUCUCCCGCUGCUGGUCACAUAAUAUCUAAUGUCCAGCUGAUGUCCUACCUAAACUCUGCUCUUGGGUCUGCCCCACACAACGUGCUGCUCUUCCUACAGGACAAGUUGAGCAAAGAUGACUUCACAAAGUAUGGAGGAGUUUUUGGAAACAAGCAAGACAGUGCCUUUCCCAACCUGGAGUCUGCAUUACAGUCUUCGUCUUCACCGUUGGUGCUGCCUGCCCUGUCAUGGCUAGGUGCUAGUGCGGUCCCAGGCCUACUACAGGAGAAGCUGGGUGUCUCCCCACUCAACGUAGACCCAGACACACUGGAGCAUCUCCGCCUCAAUGCCUCAGAAAACACUUUGCUGGUUAUCAACCUGCCCUAUUCUUCUGGUGCUUACCUGUCCUGUAAGGAUGUCCUGCGUAACAAUGAUGAGGUCAUUGGUAAGGUUCUGAGCAUCAUGAAAGCCCAGAGUGUGCCCUACACCGCCAUUUACACUGGACUCAAGCCCUCACGAGUGAUUGAGGAGCCGUCCCUGAUUGGCCAGUCUUCUAUGAGCCGUUCCUUGCUGCAGGCAGUUGUGGAUGAAGUCAAACCUCCUCUGAUGUUCAAUUCCACCAGAGGCCCUUGCAUCAUGCUCUGGGCCCAGAAUCUCAACGUCAGCUUUAGUGACCAGGAAUGGAUUGACCUCGGUCCAUCGACUUUUGCUCCUGGUGGCUCUGUGAGAACGUCUGGGUCCUUCUGUAAUGAAACCAACUCGCAGCUUGUCCUUGAUUAUGGGAGUUCUGUUUCACCUUACAAUCCCUUCCGUCUCAUCUUCUCCAUGAGCCAGCGGCGCUACCCUGUGUCUGCACGAAACUGGUUCACCCUGGACACCGUGGAGUUGGUAUUCAACACCCUAACAGCCACCUACAAUGGCAGCCACGGAAUCUAUGCCCCGGCAGAGUACUCUUUCCACUGCCAGAAUGUCAACAACUUCCGCAAUGCACUUCUGGUGCCCCGCAAUCAGAAUGCAACCCAGUGGAGAAUGCUCUUCACUGACUUCCAGAUCCAAGGCUUCAGCAUACUGAACGGGACAACAGAUUUCUCCUAUGCCAGUGACUGUGCUGGCUUCUUCACACCAGGGAUCUGGAUGGGCCUGAUCACCUCUCUGCUGAUGCUGUUGAUCCUCACCUAUGGCCUGCACAUGAUCAUGCAGCUACGCUCCAUGGACCGCUUUGACGACCCUAAAGGCCCCUCCAUCUCAGUGCCUCAGUCGGAGUAAUGAAGACGAGACAAUGCCCCCUAGACUGGUCAUGCUGUCUUUCAUAUGACAAUGUUGGACCAUAGGAGAUGGCACCUCACCUAAGUUAUAAUAAUAAUAAUAAUAAUAAUAAUAAUAAUAAUAAUAAUAUAAUAAUAAUAAUAAUAAUAAUAGAAGUUAUGUUCCCUCCACUUUGAUUUGCUCUUGAGUUGUUCAAUAAAUUCUGUUGUCAGUUGCUUACUUGCUUUAGCCACCGCCCCCGUUCUCUGAUUACCAGCUCAGCAUUCCCAUCCCCUUAGCCUUUAUUCUGUGUGUGACCCUUUUUGUCUUACACAAACAGAAAGUCAUUUAACAGAUGCUCUUAUCCAGAGCGACUUACAGGAGCAAUUAGGGUUAAGUGCCUUGUGCAAGGGCACAUCGACAGAUUUUUCACCUAAUCAGCUCGGGAAUUUGAACCAGCUACCUUUCGGUUACUGGCGCAACGCUCUUAACCUCUAGGCAACCUGCCACCUAAGGUGGUACAUUCCAUAACUUCUCAUAAUUUGCACUUGCCCAAAGGAAACUGCAUAAAGUACUGUAAAUGCUUCCCUUUGGCCUUGAUACCUAGUCAGACCACGCAUGUGCCAAAGGGGUUUGUUUGUACAAAUAAUACAGAUGAUUGUGACAGAGGGAAGCUUUUGGUGCCAAUUCAGUGACUGUAAUGAAUAUGAUUGCAGCAUGUUGUGGGACUGAUUGGUUAUUUUGCUUGCAUUGUAAGUUUCUCAGCUGCUUAAUUUAAAGACCAAUGCAAGAAUUGCCUGUAAAUAUGAAGUUGAAUUUAUGUGUGCAGACUUGUGCAUUUGACAAUGCCUACGCUAAAUAUUGCUGUUGGAAAUGCUUAGUGGGACGAAAUGUGAGAAAAGAAUGCUGUGCAUAUUAUGCUUUGGUUCAAAAAUACUGUUUUACUCAACAAUGCUGGCAUUUUUUCAUUAUUGACAUCUGUGAAAUUGAAUUAAAAUGUCAAAACUA